AUGCGCCUACAGGUUCGUCGCAUUGUAAUCGUCGCCGUCAUUUUCAGCGCGACCAUUGCAUACAUUCUGUACACCCAAACCAAUUAUGUCACGUGGCCUCACACUGAACCAAAUGAUUCAGUGAUUCAUGAACCAUCACCUCCCAAAACAAAUCCAGAGUUAAAGGUACCAGAUUCAAGUUCAUCAAUUCCAUCAUCAGAUGAUGAACCCCAACAGGAUGCUGCUUCGUCAAAUUCCUCAUCGAAUAAUGAGGUAGAAACUGCACCGGCUGACAAUGCUCCCCUCAAGGAAAAUGAACACAAACAACCAGAUGAGAAAACCCAUGGUACCGAUCAGGAUUCCAAACUUCUUUCCGAUGCAGCCUCAACACCGGUGCCCAUUGUACCACCUGUUACGUGCCCAACUUACGCAGAGAUUCAAAUGAUGAAACACGAUCCAUUAUCUGAAGGACAGGAAAUUUCCUUAUUCUCGCCCUGCACCAGAAUGUCGAACGUUCAAUCUUCCUUCGAUCCUGAUCUUUUCCGACUUUUUGAGAACAGCUAUCCAAAUACCUUGGACACCACAAUUAAAUGGAGGGGAUAUGCAAAUAAGAUUGAUCCUGUUACCAAAAACGAGACAGCCACAGAUGAAGAGCUUACAUUUGUUAUCACGGGCGAUAUCGAUGCAAUGUGGUUACGGGAUUCAGCGUCUCAAAUUUAUUCAUAUCUUCCACUACUCGAAGCGUCUGACAAUCGAGAUUCCCUUGCAAGUCUAUGGCGAGGACUUAUCAAUCUUCACGCAAGAUAUAUUAUCAUCUCACCAUACUGUCAUAGUUUCCAGCCCCCGCCAGAGUCCGGUCUCCAACUUCAACAUAACGGAGCAUAUAGUCAAAACCACCCCAUUCCACCUUAUGAUCCCAAGAAAGUCUUCGACUGUAAAUGGGAACUUGAUUCUCUAGCCUCCUUCCUCCAAGUUUCUACGGCCUACUAUCAACGCACAAAUGAUCUAUCAUUCUUCCAGAAAUACUCUUGGAUUGACGCUAUGUCCGCAGCUAUAGACGCUGCUGGUGCAAUGAGACUCGGCACUUACUCACCAGAAGGCAAAGUCCAAAAGUCCGCAUGGUCAUUCACCGGCUGGACAAAUCGUGGCAGUGAAACACUAACAAAUGACGGUCUGGGUAAUCCUACCAAACAAAAUGGAAUGGUAAGAAGUGCAUUCCGUCCCUCAGACGAUGCAUGCAUAUAUCAACUUUUUGUUCCCGGAAACAUGAUGUGGGCAAAAUAUCUCGAAGAAGCAUCCCUCAUUAUGGAAAAAUUGGACGGCAAAAAGGCCGCUAACCUCACCACGUCCAUGCGAGAACAAGCAUUCGGAAUCCGAAAAGCCAUAGAUCGCGAUGCUAUAACUCAUCAUCGUCAGUUCGGUGAUAUAUACGCCUAUGAGAUUGACGGCUAUGGCGGCCAUAAUCUCAUGGAUGAUGCUAAUGUCCCAUCACUACUCGCCAUUCCACUAUGGGAUUACGAAAAUUCUUCAUUCCCAUUACCAGAGAUAUUCGAAAGCGAUGGACAACAAGGAGGUAAGAAAAUCCAAAUCCAUCACGCAAAAGUAUACAACAACACUCGAAACUUCGUCCUAAGUCAAGAAAAUCCCUAUUUCAUGCAAGGUCCCGCGAUCGCCGCAGUCGGAGGUCCCCAUUUAGGCCCUGGUAAAAGUUGGCCCAUGGCCGCCAUAGUCCGCGCUCUUACAGCCUUGGAAACGGCAUCGAAAUCAGGAAAAGGAAUCGCGAGUGUGGAGAAAGAAGUAGUAGAUCAGCUUAUGAUGGUACUGGAUAGUACUGGUGGAACGGGAGUUAUCCACGAGAGUGUCAAUGCGUGGAAUGCGAAAGAUUGGACUCGAGCUUGGUUUGGGUGGGCGAAUGGACUUUUUGGGGAAUUGGUCAUGAGGAUUUCGAGGGAGGAUCAGAAGGCUGGGAAUGCGGGGGCGGGUUUGUUGGGGAGGAGUUGGCAGAAGGAGAAGGAGAAGGAUGGGAGUGCGGGUGGGAAUGGGAAUGCGUAG